UACAUUACACUACACGCACACACACAGCAACACACCCUACUCUUCUCCAUAUAUAUACCCACCGCUUCACUUCUGACAACUUCCAUUCUCCAUUUUCUUCUUCGAGUUUCGUUUUGCUUCUUCGUUUUCUCUCCAAUUCAAGGUUCGUAAACGAUGGCUGAUGCUGAGGAUAUUCAACCCCUUGUUUGCGACAAUGGAACUGGAAUGGUUAAGGCGGGGUUUGCUGGUGAUGAUGCUCCCAGGGCGGUGUUUCCCAGUAUUGUUGGCCGGCCUCGACAUACUGGUGUGAUGGUUGGGAUGGGUCAGAAGGAUUCCUAUGUAGGUGAUGAAGCCCAGUCAAAAAGAGGUAUUCUUACUCUGAAGUACCCCAUUGAGCAUGGUAUUGUUAGCAACUGGGAUGACAUGGAGAAGAUCUGGCAUCACACAUUUUACAAUGAGCUUCGUGUUGCUCCCGAAGAGCACCCGGUGCUUCUCACGGAGGCUCCUCUCAACCCAAAGGCCAACAGAGAGAAGAUGACCCAGAUCAUGUUUGAGACCUUCAAUGUGCCUGCCAUGUAUGUUGCUAUCCAGGCUGUCCUCUCCCUGUAUGCAAGUGGUCGCACAACAGGUAUUGUUUUGGACUCUGGUGAUGGUGUGAGUCACACUGUACCAAUCUAUGAGGGGUAUGCGCUCCCCCAUGCCAUUCUUCGUUUGGAUCUUGCCGGUCGUGAUCUAACUGAUUCUUUGAUGAAGAUCCUCACUGAGAGAGGGUAUAUGUUCACCACCUCUGCUGAGCGAGAAAUUGUUCGUGACAUUAAGGAGAAGCUUGCAUACGUUGCUCUAGAUUAUGAGCAAGAACUUGAGACUGCUAAGAGCAGUUCUUCAAUUGAGAAGAACUAUGAGCUUCCUGAUGGGCAAGUUAUCACAAUUGGAGCUGAGAGGUUCCGUUGCCCUGAAGUUCUUUUCCAGCCAUCUAUGAUUGGAAUGGAGUCUGCUGGAAUUCAUGAGACCACCUACAACUCUAUCAUGAAGUGUGAUGUGGAUAUCAGAAAGGAUCUAUAUGGAAACAUUGUUCUUAGUGGUGGUUCAACUAUGUUCCCUGGUAUUGCAGACAGGAUGAGCAAGGAGAUCACUGCCCUUGCUCCUAGCAGCAUGAAGAUCAAGGUUGUGGCUCCACCAGAGAGAAAGUACAGUGUCUGGAUCGGAGGAUCAAUCCUUGCAUCCCUCAGCACCUUCCAGCAGAUGUGGAUAUCUAAGGGUGAAUAUGAUGAGUCUGGUCCAUCCAUUGUCCACAGGAAAUGUUUCUAAGUCCAAAAGAUGCUUAAAUGGUGAGAUGUUUUAUGCUCCAGUUGCUUUUUGGUGUCUGUGUCAUGUCAUGUUAUCGGUGUUGCCACAGAUCAGAGAUGAUGAAGUAUGGCGGGCAGAGGGUUGAGAGAUGCAUUUCAUGAGUUGGGCUAUCCGUGGCUCAUCCAUUCCUUCUUAGUAGGUUGUUCGCAGAGGGAGUGAUUGUGAUGAUCUCUUUUUCCCUCUUUUCUUUAUGUAUUUUUAAAGUCUAAAUUUGAAGUAUUUUUCCCAAUGAACAUUAGUGUUAAUAGCUAUUUGUAUCAAGAAAUUUUAUAUUAUUAUC